GGACUGCCGAUUUUCCCGACAACUGAAGCGUGCCGCGGAGCGGCGGACGGAACCCCCUCGGGUUGUCCGCGGAAUCGAGACCGGACCGCUUAGUUCCCGGUCGUUCGUCGUGCCGCUUACUACAUUUUUCCGUCAUUCUCCGCGCUCGCACUGUCAGAGGGAUCUCUCGCGCUUCUUCGCACGCUUCGAGCAGCUUUUAGCACGCUAUUCAUUCCUACCGAGUCAUCGCGUCCGAUCGUUAAGCGAUGAGAUGACGAGGAGCGUCACGGAGGCCAUGAGCGUUUGGGGAAGACGGUGACGGCUUUUUCGGCCAAGUGCGAAGCAAGAGGAAGCUGAACCUGCUGUGAUCAUGUAAGAGAGAGAGAGAGAGAGAGAGAGAGAGAGAAGAAGAAGCCAUGAGGGUCGCUGUCAAUCUAGUCUUGCUGUUGGUGGUCGUGCUGCAGGUCAUGGGCUGCGUUCGAGCGACGAGCCUGGUCGAGAAGAGGGACCUGCAGGCCAGAGACUUUUUCGAGGAGGUGCUCAUGCAGCUCAUACACCAGAGGAGGAUGUUUCUCGACGGGUUCGGCAACGGAACCGCCGCGAUCGAGAGGAACUUCGGCUUCGACGAGCCGACGUCGAUCGACGUGACAGCUGCAGCGGAGGCAGGCGAGGGACGAGGCCGGAAAAAGAAGCUGCGCCAGAUGAACCGAACGCUAAUGGCCAUCAUAAUGGCCUACACGCUCAAGUUCAUGUUCCUGAUACCGACUUUCGUGGGCACCCUCAUCCUCCUGAAGUUCACCACGGCGCUGGCUGGAUUCUUCUACGCUCUCUUCGCCGCGGUGCUCGGCCUCGAGCACCACAAUCAUCAUUGAAAUGCUGAUGUAGGCUGUAAGUGGAGUGAAGUGAACGAAAAGGAAAAGACUCGGUGAUUUGCAAAGAAAGAACAAUUUGACUUUAUUAUUCUCUUUUCUGGUAGUUUGCUUCGUACCUUACAGUUAUGCAGACAGACAGAGAGAGCAUUACAAUGUUGUCGGUGCGCGACUCGGCGCAAUAUUACAGUAUAGCGUUAAUUCAAGAGUUAAUCAAACAUAUAAAUACAAAUAAAUAAAUAAAUAAAUUAGUUCGUAAA